GUGCAGCGACGGGCGCCUGAAUUGGAAAGAGUCUUGUCCGAUGAGUGAAAAGUCAACGGGCGACAGAACGAAUUGUGGCGACGCAGUUUUUAGCGGGCAGUGGUGGAAAAGUGCAGAAAAAGAGAAAGAAGUGCGAUGAGUGGAUUGUGCGUGCGAUUUGGUUGAAAAUUCAAUGUGAAAAAUGCAGUAUGGGCGAUCAAUUUGGCCAUCGACGGGAAGUUGAAUCGGUGGACGAGAAAGGCCAGCAGUUGAGCGAUGCGUCCGUGGAGAGUGGCGAGAGUUUGUUGAGUGUGACAUACGAAAAGAUAGACUUUAUUGUGCUGCCCAUAUCGAUAAUUGUGGGCACCUUCCUCGGUGUCUUGCUGGUCAUCUCUGUCCUCCUGCUCAUCCUGCGCUGGUACUGGAACUGGGGCACCAGCGCCAAGUACACCAAGCUCACCUCACCGCUCGUGAUGGACACCCAGACCAAAAAUAGUGCUGAUGUAAACAACACGGAAAGUAGGACACCAGUCACAGCCGCAUCGCCAUCACCCACCUCCUCGGCCUCCUCCACCACUUCCACCUCCUCCACCAUCCUGCUCACCUUCCCGCCGCCCCUGGCCAGCGUCACGGUGACCAAGACGGUGCUGCCGGCGCCCCAGACCGUCAGCCAGUCGCCCAAGCUGCUGCCCGAGACGCCGCCGCCCGCCGGCGGGCCCCUCACGCCACAGUCCCCGCGCGGCGACUGGCUGCACAGCUUGCAGGCCGAGCUGCAGCACGUGCAGCCGCGCCGUCAGGGCAGUCCGUCGGAGAACAAGGAGAACACCGCGCCCAACUCGCCCCUGGUGGCGUCCGCCAACUACAAGCACGGCAACUACUUCCGCUUCCCGGAAGUGGACGUGUGGUCGCCCGCCGCGAAGACCGCUCCCCGCCUGGCGGACAGCGCCCAGAACAGCCCGGAAGUGGUCACGACACCGCGCGACACGCUGCCCGUGGACGACAUGGCCCGCAAUUCGCCCACGGCGCGACGCGCGCGCCUCAAGUCCAUCUCGCUGGACUCGGAGAGCGCGCGCCUGGUGGAGGAGAAUCUCAAUGUGGCGAUGGAAGAGCUGGACCUGGAAGCCACGCAGUCGCCCACCGGUUGCAAGCGCAACAAGCACCAACUCAAGAUUGACAUUGACAGUGAGAAUCUCACGGAUGUGGAGCGGCAGCCGCCCACGCCCAAGACGCCGACCCUCACGCAGACCCGCCAGAAGGCCAUCUCCCUGGACUCGGAGCCGCCGGGAGGCGUGUGCAAGAGCAAAUCCCAGGCCUCCAUGACCACCAGCACCACGGCGUCCGCGUCCGUGCCCACGACGCCCAAGCGACAACAGCAGACGAUGAGCAUCCACCAGCCGCAGCGCGGUAAGUCGCGCAGCACGUCAGAUCACCUCGGCUCGAAUCUCCAGCGCCUGAAGAGCGUCACGCUCAGUGUGUCCAACAACAACCUCAAGACCCUGCCCGAAGUUAUGCCCCUGAGUGACUUCGGGGGAUCGCCGCAACCCGCCCCAGCUCAGCCGCCGGCCAAGGUUCGCUCGAGUUUACUGCAGCGUCGCGGCUCCAAUCACAGUCUCACGCUCAACCUGGCAGGAUCUGUGGGCGAUCUGGCUUCCAACACGAGCCUCACUGGCUCCAUGACCACCAAUGCCCAGCCGUCGGGGAAGAAGGGACUCCUGCAGCGGCGCGGAAGCAACGCCAGUCUCACGCUCACGAUCCAGUGCUCAGAUUCCGGACUGAGUCGCUUCAACAGUCACGGAUCUCUCAAUGCAGCCUCGCAGUCGCGCAAGGGACUGCUCAGCGUGUCCAACAGUAGCUUGCGGGGCUCCGCCUGCAGUCUGGCACGGCUCAAGGGCAGUGCAGGUGCGGGAGAACUGAGUGUGGCCGGAUCUGGUCCGGCGCACCACCGCAAGUUCCUCAGUUCUGAGAAUCUCCUGCAGCGUGCCACACACCAGACGGAGAGUCUGGAGUUGGAAGUGGACGACGAAGGUGGCGAUGAGUCAGUGAUUCGACAGAUCACCACGAAGCCUCUCAGUCCUCAAUCCACGUCUGAAGACUUCAAGAUCUACCUGGCCAACAUACAAUUCCUCCAGAAUGCCUCCAAUCUGCUCCACAUGGACGAUAUCCGGGAGUUUGAUGGGUGCUUCGAGGAGAUGAGCGACAAGCAGAUGGAUCGGGAGGAAUGUGUGAUGAAGCAGCGGCGGAAAAUCCGACAGAUUCAUCAGGAGUUCUGGGAUUUGCCGACAAAUCAUCAAGAGAAGCCAAUGGUGUUUGGGUCACAGCACAAGAAUCGCUACAAAACCAUCCUGCCCAAUGAGCACUCGCGCGUGAUCCUGCAGCCGGAGGAUCCGGAGUCUCUGCAGGAGCCUUACAUCAAUGCCAACUACAUAAAGGGACCAGAUGGCACGCAUAACGCCUACAUCGCCACGCAGGGCCCCAUGCCGAACACCAUCUACGAAUUCUGGCUGAUGGUGAUGCAGAAUGUGCGUCGGUGUGGCGAGAGUGCGGCGGACCAGAAGAUCGCCAUGCUGACGGAGUUUGUGGAGAGUGGCAGGACUAAGUGUGCAGUGUAUUUCCCUACGGAAGUGAAGCAAGUGCUGGUGUUCGCGAAUGGGGCGGAUGAUGUCCUGUCGGCUCACGCGCCGAAUGACGGAUUGGCCCAAGUGGGUGGCGACUCGAUGUGGCUGAAGGCGUAUCUGGACAUGCUGGAGGAGGACGAGGAGGAGGAGAGGAGUGACGACAGGUGCAUCCACAAGUAUGCGUUCGUGAUAGAGAACACGGGAGUGGUGCAGAAGAAGGGAUAUUCGGUGAGGCGACUGUGCGUGCGGCAUUUCGACAAUGACGGUAAGCCCUUUGCCUUCAAUGUGCUGCACUAUUGGUUUCCCGACUGGCCGGAUCAUCGGUCGCCUGAGGAUUUGGGUGUGGUGCUGGACUUCGCGUUGGAUCUGCUGAGUGGCGAUGCGGGUGGAUCUAAGGUGCCGCUGCCCGUGCUGCACUGCUCCGCCGGCAUAGGGCGGACGGGCUGCAUGGCGGGCAUUCUGAAUGCCGUGCGACAGAUCGACUCUGCUCCAGUGAAUCCCAGUGUGGACAUCCUGGGCAUUGUGUGCAAUUUGAGACUGCAGCGUGGCGGAAUGGUGCAGAAUUCCGAACAGUAUGAACUCAUCUAUCGGGUAGUGUGUCUCUAUCAGAAGCGCAAAGAUUCCAUGACUCAUCCACCGCAGGUACCCUUCCUCCUCUGUGACACACUCGACAUCUAAGACCACACGAAUCGAGGCAGAUUCUCACAUGGUGUGUAAGUUUCUGUUUUUUCUUUAUUCAAAUCUGGAAAUGAUCAAAUUGAUGGUAAUACCGCGUCAUUUGUGUGAACAUUCUUUAGCGUCAAUCCUGCGCAAUCUUGCCAACACCCGCAGAGCUUCACUGCUGUUGGAACCCCUUUUCUAGUGAAUGACCCUCGCCUGUGCAGGCUUUGAACAUUUUUAUUAUUUAAUCACUGUUAGUAUAAAAUGUAUUUACUAAUUGUCUCUCUCUCUCUCUGAAUGUGUUUUAUUGGUUGAUUUUGCAUUGAAAUCGGAUGAUAUCGAUAUGGAGUAACAAAGUUAACAAAGAAUACCACCCGAACAUGUUGUUAAAGUAUGUAUUUCCGGAUUCACUAGAGAAUUUCCAGCAGUUUUUCAUGGCUUUAAAUAUGAUGAUCUUGAUGAUGGUUCUCGAAAGAAAAUAUCCCCAGUUGACAUGACUAUUAUAGUGUUUAGUAUGAAUCAGCCAUCAAUUUGAUAGAUUUUCUGGUCUCUCUAGCAUUCACUUCGACAUCCCAAGAAAUUAUACUCUCAUGCAGAAUAAUAAAUAUUUCAUGUCAUAACUUAAAUGGAAGAGGUUUUUAAAAAAAAGGGAAUAAUCACAGGAGAAGAAAAGAAGAACUUGUGUGUAUGUGUUGAAUGUUGAAGAUGUCUCAAUGUAUGAAUGUUUCAUCAAAUUCUCGUGGCAAAAAAAAAGUAAAAGCAAAAAGUGGAAAAGAAAUAUAGUGAAAUAAAAUCAUUAAAAAAAAUCACAUCUAAUUGUAAUAAAUGUAAAAUGAAAGGUAUCAUGUAAUUAAAUUAAAUAUUGGAAUUGCAUUGCAUUCGACGUUAGAAUCUAUUAUAAUAAUACAUUUAAAAAAAAAGAAAA